AUGUGGAAACAACGCCUACUCCAGGCCCUCCCGCCCCUCCGGGCCAGCCCAUCGCAGACGGCCAUCCCCCUCCGCCAGGCCACGAAACGCUUCUCACAGCCAGCGAGGCGCCUCAACAGCACGAAAACCCCACCGCCGUCCUCCUCGGAGGCGGCCGCCGCCGCAGCAGCCAGCAAGCAGCAGUCCCGCGCGGACCGGAUCCUCGCCCGCCUCCCGCGGAGCAUGCAGAAGUACACCGGCCGACUGCGAAGCGCGCCGCUGUCGCACGUCGUGGCCUUCCUCGUGCUGCACGAAAUCACGGCCGUCGUGCCGCUGCUGGGGCUGUUCGGCCUGUUCCACUACGCCGCGUCCGCCGCGCCCAUUGACUACAUGAUGGAGCACUACGGGGGUUACGUCCGGGACGGGACGGCCAAGUUCGAGCGGUACUUUACGAGGAAGGGGUGGUUUGGCUUCGGGAAGGGGUCGGCCGGCGACGGGGAGAGUGGUGCUGGUGAUAAGGCUGUGGGGGAGAUCAAGGGCGAUGACGCUGCCGUCAUGAGACGCUGGGAGGGCUCCGACGAGAAAUACAGGAUUGUGGUCGAGGUCGCGCUGGCGUAUGCCAUCACCAAGGUACUGCUGCCUGCCCGGAUUGUCGUCAGUGUGUGGGCGACGCCUUGGUUUGCCGGUGUUAUGGGCCGGGUGCGACGAGUCUUGCCCUGGGGCAAGGGCCGGAAGUAG